AUGGCGUGGAAUGAGCCAGGUGGCGGUGAUAAAGAUAAAGACCCUUGGGGCAAUCGUUCUGACCAGGGACCACCUGACCUAGACGAAGCGAUUCGAAAGCUGCAAUCCCAGCUCUCGGGUAUUUUUGGCGGCGGUAAAGGUGGCAGCGGCAGUGGCGGUGGUGCAAGCAUCUCCGGCGGUGCGCUGGGACUGGUGGGCUUUGUGUUGAUUGCCAUCUAUGCCUUUACCGGUGUCUAUCAGGUGGACCAGCAGGAGCGCGGCGUUGUGUUCCGUUUCGGCGCCGCACAGGAAGUUCUCAAAGAACCAGGCCUGCACUGGAACCCACCGCUGAUUGAUCAGGUUGAGCUGGUCAAUGUUACCCAGGUGCGUUCGCACUCGACUCAAUCGAGCAUGUUGACCCAGGAUGAAAACAUUGUAGACAUCAGCCUCACCGUACAGUGGGUCGUGGACAGCGCCAAAGAUUUCAUUGUGAACGUGAAAAAUCCCGAAUCCAGCCUGGCUCAGGCAACGGAAAGUGCCCUGCGGCAUGUUGCGGGCAGCUCGACCAUGAACCAGGUCAUCACCGACGGUCGUGAGGCCAUUGCGGCUGAAGUGCAAACCCGACUGCAGAAUUAUCUGACGAGUUAUGGCACAGGUAUUUUUGUUAAUAAGGUCAACAUUGAUCGCAGUGCGCCGCCACAACAGGUGCAGGAAGCGUUUAAUGACGUACAGAAAGCAAAAGAAGAUCAGCAGCGGUUUAUUAACCAGGCGACUGCUUAUGCGCAGCAGGUUGUGCCUGAGGCGCGUGGUCGCGCGGUACGCCAGAUAGAAGAAGCCAACGCCUACCGGGACCGAGUGAUAGCAAGGUCAACCGGUGAAGCGCAACGCUUUGAUAAAUUACUUGCAGAGUACCAGCAGGCUAAGCGGGUAACCCGCGAUCGUCUGUAUAUUGAUGCUCUCGAAUCGGUUCUCAGCAACGCCAGCAAAAUCAUGGUGGACGUGGAAGGUGGUAACAACAUGAUGUACCUGCCUUUGGAUCAGCUUACGCGGCAACGCACCGGUGGCGGCGAAGGCGUCAUUGAUCAGACCAUGAUGGACAACGCGUUUGGUGAAAUCAUGCGUGCGGACGUUAAGCCGGGCCUGCAUUUCAAGAUGCCCAUUGCUCAGCAGGUUAAAUUGUUUGAUGCCAGGGUAUUAACUCUGGAUUCGAAUUCCGAGACUUACUACACCCUGGAGAAAAAGCCGCUCGAAGUCGAUUCGUUUGUGAAGUGGCGGGUUGCGGACGUGGCAUCUUUUUAUGAGAGCGCGAGUUUUGAUAUCCGUCGCGCUGAACGAUUGUUGCAGGAGCGCGUCAACGAAGGUCUGCGCAACCAGAUCAGUCGUCGCGAUAUGCACGAAGUAGUGUCCGGCGAGCGUGAUCAAUUGAUGACGGAACUGCGCACCGACCUCGAUGAAAAAAUGCGCGGCUACGGGGUUGAAGUGGUUGAUGUGAGGGUGAAACGUAUCGAUUUACCCGUACAGGUAUCUUCGUCGGUGUACGAACGCAUGAAUUCUGAACGGGAAAUUGAAGCCCGCCAGUUUCGCGCUGAAGGUCAGGAAGAAGCCCUUGCAGUGCGCGCUAAUGCGGAUCGCCAGGCAGUUGUUCUCGAAGCGGAAGCUUAUCGUGAAAGCGAGCAGAUUCGUGGUGAAGGCGAUGCUCAAUCCGCCGCAAUUUAUGCAGCAGCUUUCAAUAAAGACCCUGAAUUUUAUGAGUUCUACCGCAGCAUCAAUGCUUACGUGAACGUAUUCAGCGACAAAUUCGCAAAGAUGAAAACACAUUGGCGCCUGCCUCGCGGCGUGGACGAAUUAUUGCCGCCCGCCGCCUGGCAGCUCGAGUUGCUGCGACGCAAAGUGCUGGACCUGUUUGUCAGCUGGGGUUUCGAGUACGUGGACCCACCUGUUAUCGAGUAUCUCGAUGCAUUGCUGGUCGGCAGCGGUGAAGACCUCGACCUGCAGACUCUAAAAGUUGUAGAUCAGGUCAGCGGUCGGCAGCUCGGGGUGCGCGCAGACAUGACCUCUCAGGCUGUCCGCAUAGAUGCGCACAGCCUCGUGACGGAUGCGGUUCAGCGUCUGUGUUAUGCGGGCCCUGUUGUCUUUGCCAACCCGCAGAUCGCUCAAAAUUCACGUGUACCUUUCAAGGCCGGCGCUGAAAUUUUUGGCGCCGCCGGGCUGGAUGCGGACGCGGAAGUGAUUGCUCUGAUGCUCAGCACUGUGCAGCAGGCUCAGGUCGAAGAGCCAGUGCUGUUGCUGGGUCACAUGGGUAUAUAUCUGCAUUUGGUUGCCCAACUUAUUGCCGAAGGCAGUCUUGCAGCAGAAGAUGAAGGUCGUCUGUUCACCUGCAUUCAACGAAAGUCCCAGGCGGACAUCAGAGCGCUGCUGAAGAAAACACCGUGCUCCGAAAUGAUGGCUGCUCUGCCUCUGAUGAUGGGUGGCCUUGCAGUGAUGGACGAUGUACGUCAGCAGUUAUCGGGUGCGCCAGCGCCAGUUCUGCAGGCUCUAGAUGAGCUGCAAAUCCUCGGUGAGCAGGUCAGUGAUGUGCAUCCAGGCCUCAGUUUGCGCCUCGAUGUAUCUGAACUGUCGGGGUACGGGUAUCACAACGGACCGGUUUAUGCCGUUUAUCAUCCUACCCAUGGCAGUGCGCUGGCCCAGGGCGGGCGCUACGAUAACGUCGGUGAAGUGUUUGGCCGCCUGCGUCCGGCAACGGGGUUUGAUGUGAAUCUGAAGCUGUUGAUAAACGCGGCGCUGUUGUCUGAAGUUGCGGCAUUGCGCGCAGUGGGUGAACGGGUGCAAUGUGCAUUGAGUGAAGAUGAGUUGCCGCCGUGGGGAGACGAAGGCAAGGGUAAAGUGGUUGACCUUCUGACGGAGGAAGUGGCUGCCGUUAUUCGCUUUCAGGGUGGUCACAAUGCCGGCCACACGCUGGUCAUCGACGGUGAGAAGACCGUGCUGCAUGUCAUCCCGUCCGGCAUUCUGCGGCCUGAUGUCCAGUGUGUUAUCGGCAACGGCGUGGUGAUUGAACCCAAUGCGCUGCUCAAGGAAGUUGUUGAACUGGAAGCGCGCGGCGUGCCGGUCCGGCAGCGGUUACGUAUAUCACCUGCCUGUCCUAUCAUCCUGCCCCACCAUGUACAGCUCGAUCUGGCACGCGAAGAAGCGCGUGGUGAAAGGAAAAUCGGCACCACCGGUCGUGGCAUAGGGCCAGCCUACGAAGACAAAGCUGCCCGGCGUGGCCUGCGCAUAGGCGACCUUUUUUACUGGCAGAAUUUUGCCGCCCAGUUAAACGAAGUCAUGGAGUAUCACAACUUCAUGUUGACGAACUAUUACAAAAAGCCGGCGGUGGAUUUUCAGCAGACGCUGGAUGAGUGUGCAAAGGUAGCUGAACAACUGAAACCGAUGGUCUGUGAUGUUGUCCCUUUGUUGCACGGCCUGCGCGAGCAAGGCAAAAAUCUGCUCUUUGAGGGCGCCCAGGGGGCGUUGCUGGAUAUUGACCUUGGCACCUACCCCUAUGUCACCUCGUCUAACACCACAGCUGGUGGCACCGCUGUCGGCAGCGGUUUUGGCCCCAUGUAUCUCGACUACGUGCUGGGUAUUACAAAAGCGUAUUCGACUCGCGUUGGUUCAGGCCCUUUCCCCACAGAGCUGUUCGACGAUGUGGGUGCAAAGCUGGCAGAACGGGGUAACGAAUUUGGCUCCACCACCGGCCGUCCACGGCGUUGUGGCUGGUUUGAUGCAGUGGCGCUGCGGCAGGCGGUACAGAUCAACAGUAUCACGGGGUUGUGUCUCACCAAGCUUGAUGUGUUGGAUGGCAUGGAAACCAUUAAGGUUUGUGUCGGGUAUGAGGAUCCGGACGGCAGUGUCGGCACCGCCCAGUUUGGCAGUGAAUAUUAUUCUGCAGUGACCCCGAUAUAUGAAGAAUUGCCGGGUUGGCAGGAAUCCACCGUCGGCGCCAGCGGCUUGAAGGCACUGCCCAAGGCAGCUCAAGCCUAUAUUGCACGUAUCGAAGAGGCGGUAGGCGCCCCUAUUGACAUUAUCUCGACCGGCGCGGCCUUUGACGGAGCCGGAAUGGUCCAGUCUGCCGACGUAGGCUUGUGGAAGCCUGAUCACAUCAUCACCAACGAAGAGCUUGUCACUUCGUACAAUGCCUAUGCAACCGCGUUUAAUGAAGCCAAUGCAGCCGCCAUCAGCGCCGGUGAAGUGGCGGAAAAGCCCCUAUCCAGUGUAGCUUUUAUAGAAAAAGCCAGCGGCAUCAAGCAGCGUUAUGUGUACGCCAAAGAAGGGAUUCUGGAUAUUGAACGCAUGCGUCCGGUGUUGUCUGAACGCAGCGAUGACGAGUUAUCUCAUCAGGCUGAAAUGGCUGUACAUGCUGCGAAAGCUGCGAUGGCUCAGGCCAAUAAAACCAGCGCCGACAUUGAUAUGGUCAUUGUAUCGUGCGCCUAUACUCAACGAUCAUAUCCAGCCAUAGCCAUCGAAGUACAGGAUGCUUUAGGCAUCGAAGGAUUUGGUUUUGACAUGCUGGUUGCGUGUUCAGCGGCAACUUUUGCGCUACACCGGGCCUACGAUGCGCUGGCUGCCGGGUCUGCCCGAGGGGUGCUGGUGAUCAAUCCUGAACUGGUCUCGCCACAAAUGAAUUAUACCGAUCGCGAUGGCCACUUUAUUUUCGGUGAUGUCAGUACUGCCGUGAUCAUGGAGCGCGCGGAUACCUGUACAGCGCCGCACAGUUAUGACGUACUCAGCACUCAGGCGGUGACCUCUUAUUCCAGCAACAUACGCUCCAAUUUUGGUUAUCUGUCUUUUGCAGAUGAUUCAAACCCGUUCGCGGACGACAAAUUAUUUCACCAGAAUGGUCGCAAGGUGUUUAAAGAAGUGUGCCCGAUGGCCGCUGAGCACCUGCACAGUCAGGUGAAAAAGGCCGGUCUGGAAUUAGCAGAUAUCAAACGUUGGUGGCUGCAUCAGGCCAAUAUCAACAUGAACGAUCUGAUCGCCCGUCGAUUGCUUGGGCGCGACCCCCAUCCAGGUGAAGCACCAAUUGUGCUCGAUGAAUUUGCCAAUACAGCUUCUGCAGGAUCAAUUAUCGCGUUCAAUCUGCAUCAGGAAGAUCUGCAGAGCGGUGAUUGUGGCGUGAUCUGUUCGUUUGGUGCCGGCUCAUCAAAGAAAGCCAUCUAUGCCGCUCUGGCCGGAAACUCCCUGAUUGCAGUCACUAAAUUCUCUGCCGCUUUUUAUACGGGUAGUGCGGCGAUGCUCAGUGAAGGCAUUCAUUCACUGGUAGAUACGGGUAACCAGAUCCUGCUGCUUUUUGGGCUGAAACAGUCCCUCAAGCCUGCCAGCCAUGAAUUCCCUUUUGGUCAUGGUAAAGAAGUCUAUUUCUGGUGUUUUAUCGUAGCGAUGCUCAUUUUUGCCCUCGGCGGCAGCGCAUCGAUCUAUCAGGGUGUGAUGCACCUGUCUUCAUCUGAACCCAUCACCAAUAUUUUUAUUAACUACAUAGUGUUAGGCCUGGCGCUUGUCUUUGAACUGGGCGCUUUGUACGUCGCGCUCAAGGAAUUUAAUAAAAGCCGCGGUGAUCAGACGAUUCUGGAAGCUGUCAGCAACGGUAAAGAUCCAACCCUUUUUGUUGUGGUGUUUGAAGACUCCGCGGCGGCAUUGGGUUUGUUGAUUGCCGUGUUUGGCCUGGUGAUGUAUCAGAUUACCGGCAAUAUGGUGUUUGAUGCGAUAGCGUCUAUCUCAAUUGGUGUGGUAUUGAUAUUGACUGCGAUCUGGCUGGCGUAUGAAAGCAAAGGCUUGUUGAUUGGCGAGAGCACAACACAACCUAUUCGUCAGCUGAUAAAAAACGUGUUUUUGAACGAUUUGCGUGUUGCCGCUGUUAACGAGGUGGCCAGCCUGCACAUGGGCCCCGAUUUUGUUCUGGUUACCGCAUCAGUUGAAUUUGCCACAGUACAAACAGCUGGAGAGGUGGAGAGUGCGGUCACUGAACUCACGGCAAAAGUCAAACAAGUUGAUCCACGCAUCAAGCGGGUCUUUGUUGAAGCCGAGCGUACUGCGGCAUUGCUUUUAAUUUCGAUGGCAGCGGUGUUCAUCACCGGCUGCGGCAGCAGCAGUUCAUCGUCUCGUCCUGCACCCACACCACCGAUCGCUGACCUGGGUGAAGUGGAUUUUGAGAUCGUGCACGCAUCGCAGGAUGCGCCACCUGUGAACCUGUCUGUUGGCGGCAAUGUGGUAGCUUCUGGCGCCGAUUUCGGCGACGCAGCGUUUGUCACAGUUGACGGUGGUGAAACCACCAUAGUUGUAGAAGGUAUUAUCCCCGGCGGCAACGCUGAGGUGAUAACCGCGACCGAAACGUUUUCCGAUGGCCAACGUGUGACCAUCUUUGCCGCGAACGAUGUAGCCAACAUCGGUCCAAUUGUGCUGGUUGAUGAUCAGCCGGAAGUGGCCGAUACGGAUGUACGCCUGCGCGUUGUACAUGCGGCGUCUAACGUCACGCCCAUUGCUGACAUGGUGGAUAUCUAUGUAACCGCACCAGCCGACCCUAUCUCUUCUGCUACCCCGAUAACGCUGAUGUUCGGUGAUUUUACUGCAGAUGCGAUCACGGUCCCUGCAGGUGACUAUCGCAUUCGCAUCACGCCAGCUUCGGAUUCUACUGUCGUGUACGACUCGGGUACCGUGCCUCUGGCCGGUGGCAGCGAUCUCGUUGUUGCAGCCAUUGCUAACGUGGGUCCCGGUGCGGCCCCGGUUGAGCUGAUCGCGCUGACAGGGUCAGCAUCGCUGCGACUGUUGGAUGCUGAGACGCCAGCUGACGUGCGUGUGGGACACCUUGCGGCGGAUGUUGGCCCGGUGGAUGUUCUUAUCGACGAUGUACUUUCGCCGGUUCAAGGGGCUACUUUUGGCGCCAUCACGGGCUAUCUGCCGCUGGCUGCAGGUCCAACCAAUUUUAAGGUCACGGUUGCUGGAAAUGCUAACGCCGUCGCGAUUGACACCCUCGACGAAGUGUCGCUUGAAGCGGGCGAGACCUAUUCGGUUACAGCGGUCGGCUUGGCCGGCGAUGGCAGCCUCACCUAUGACGUUGCAGUAGAUAAUCCGCGUCGCAUAGCCACAGAGAGCCGCGUGCGCAUUUUCCACAGCUCACCUGCAGCAGGCGACGUCGACAUCUAUGUGGUUGGCACUGGCGAUCCGAUUGAUGGGUUAACACCAAACUUUGCUGCGGUACCUUUUGGCGCUGAAACGGGAUAUGUUCCAUUGGCGCCAGGUGGCUAUGACGUAUAUGUCACUGAAGCAGGCGAUCCGACCAUGCUGAUUUUCCCUGUAGUUGCUGUGAAUCUUGAUGCGGGUGGCAUUUACACCGCUGUUGCUGUUGACGCAGCAGGUGGAGGCGAGCCUGUCGGUCUGGUUGUGGCGGACGACUUUCUCUAG